AGCCCCCAUCACUCCCACCAGAACUGCUGCUGCUGCUGGGCUCCUGUAACUCUCUUCCUCCUCCUCCUCCUCCCAUCUCCCACUUUUGAUGGGGGGGUUGCCGCGGUGAAGUCACAGUGAUGUCAUUUUAGGAUGUGAGAGUCGGGGUAGCAAGGUGAGCUGGUUUUUGCGGGUGAGUGGUAGUCCCCCCUCCAAGGCCAGCGUUGCCUGAACAGAGGCUCGGAGCGGCGAAAGAUGAUCAUCGCCACCGACACCAAUUCAAGCUCCGACGCGCUCUGUCCCUCUCCUCCUCCUCCUGCUCAGAUCUCGGGCUAUGGGGCCUUGAUCUGCCUUGAUCCCAAACUAAGCCUUCACCACCACCAUGCCAAAGGACAGAAAACAAGAAGAGUUGCGUUUCUAGGGCAGGUAACUUUGACCACGUGCCCCAAAGGUAACCUGGAUGGCCUCUGCGCAAAGGUGCCACUACAGCAUGUCCAGCGGGGCCAGGACGCACUGGACGCUGCCAGCAGUGAUUGUACUGUGGACUUUUCUGUGGGGAAUCGCUUCGUCUUACCCGAUUCCGAGCAGGACUAAUGCGACUUUGUUGGAAAAGAAGUGGGAGACCCUCUUCUCCCGCUCCUAUCUGGGUAUAAGUGGGGGGAAAUCGGAGCUGAACUGGGAGAGUGACUAUUUGCAGGGCAUCAAAAGAGUGCGACGGCUGUACUGCAACGUGGGCAUUGGGUUUCACCUGCAGGUGCUCCCGGACGGCAGGAUAAACGGUGCACACAAUGAGAACCAAUACAGUCUGAUAGAGAUCUCCACCGUGGACCGAGGGGUGAUCAGCCUGUUCGGAGUGAGGAGUGAGCUGUUUGUCGCAAUGAACAGCAGGGGAAGGUUAUACGGAACGAGAGUCUUCAGGGACGAGUGCAAGUUCAAGGAGACUUUGCUGCCCAACAACUACAACGCCUAUGAGUCUUUUGUUUACAAGGGCUUCUACAUCGCCCUCAGCAAGCAUGGCCGCGUAAAGAGAGGCAACAAGGCCACCACCGCCAUGACUGUCACACAUUUCCUCCCGCGACUAUGAGAGAAACUGGCAAUAACUGAGUAAUUUGCACAUGUGGAUGUUCUUCCAGGUAAUAUAGAAAUGCAUAGUCAUGAUAUACACACCCAUGGACUGCGAAAGAAAACACAAAUAUUUAUUCUGUUAUAUAUAUGUAUAUUUGGAUAGCUAUCUUUGUAUAUGUAUGCCAUACUGUGCUGCUUAUUGUUUUUAUGGACGGGGGAGUCGAAGCCUUUGCCUGUCUCACUUUACCUUGGUGCUUGCUGUAACCGAACUACGUGUCACUUCCUUUUUUUGAGAUGGAGGAUGAGCUAUAUUCUGUGCUUUUAAAGAGUGAAAUUAAUACUUUUUAUUACCUCAAAGAACCACUUUACUAGAUUAAGGGAUGCAUGGACUUCUGCUCAAAUAUCUGCUAAGUUUAUCAUUACUUUUGAAGCCUUUGAGCGCUUGAUGGUUCCCUGCUCGAUUAUCGAUGUCCGGCAGUGGGGGAAACUUAAAUGCACUACCUUUGCUGCACGAUUUAAAGGUGCCUUGGUGUUCCCACUUGUGGCCCCCUUAAACUUGCAUGUAAGAGACACCCACUGGAGUCAGAAAUAGGGCUGACGCUCCGGAGAGGGCCUCAGAAGGGGAGGGGAGGGGAGGGGAAGGGGGGGCUGACUAUCUCUGGUUUAUUUUCUUUUCUGUAAUUAGAUCGAUUAAGUAAUAAACAAUCUGUGGUUGAGACCAGAGAGCGGUCAGCCAUAGAGCCUGGCACACGGCCAUGAGUUUGACUGUGUGGCAUCGCCAGCAAAUAAACAGGGUGGAAAACUUAUCUAUCCCAGCAUGGAGAACAUUUUUGUUUGGACCUGGCUUGCACAAGAAUCGACUGAGCGGAUAGAGCGCACAGCAGAAAUGUUCCUGCACAUUGUCUUGGACAGAGCUCCUACAGUAAAGUGGGCUGCUGUUUUUUGCAAAGCUUUAGCUGCUGUUGAAAAUGAUGUCUACUGUCCAUUAAAACCAAUGGAAACCAAUGUAAAUAGCUGCAAAUGUACAAGAAGAAUUCAGGAGCUUUUUGACGCUGCUUUGUCGCAGUUGCCUGAAGGAGGCAAAAAUAGUUCAGGCUGCACAGUGAACCAUCGAUGAUGGUGCCUAAAUGUUUUGGUGAGAGCCGUUCUCCAUACGUUUGUUUCUUCGGUUCAUCUUUGUGUCGGUGUGUUUGGUGGAGGAUUAUGUGCCCUGUGUGUUCUGCAGCAGCACUGCAGUGGCAGCGAGGUGUUGGGAGCUGAAGUCGAAUGGUCUUAAACGCAAUUAGGGAUGAGUCAGUCAAGUGUUUCGAAGGACUAAAGGACAAAGCAGUUGGUGGAUUAGAUACACGCUGUAAGAUUUCUGUUAGGUUUCAGCUUAAUUUCAUAAUUUGAAUGGUAAAACAUUGGCACAGAAGGUCAGAAAGUUCGCAAAUUCUACCUUCAGUUGAGAUAUUUAUAGCAGCAAUUUCUUCGCAAAGCCUGAAAGCGUGCCGCGCUUUGCAGACUCACGGUUAGUCGGCGCAAAUAUCUCGUUACAUAUUCCAAAGAUGUUUUUCUUGCCUCAUUCUGAGAAUUCCUGGGAGUCUUACAGAGUGCAUCUAGCCAUGUAAUCUCUGCAGCUGUUAACUUAAAAAAACCUGCAGCUCGCUUCACCGUCAGCCUCCAUCCGCUCUUGUGUGAGAGGAAGCAGGACUAUUUAAAUCCAGGAAAGACGUAUGCGAGGGAGCAGGCCCACUGUCUUUGUUGUUCGUCAAACCCCCUGCAGGAAUGUGGAUCUGCCAGGAUGACAGGCAGCUUCCCACAUACCUGAGCUCUACGGCCCCCCCGCUACCCACCUCUGCCCGUCCCUUUACCCCCCUUCCACAGCUCACCCAGUAGGCAGGGACCUUGGGAUUCCAGCUGUAACCCCGGAGCUUCCUCCUCUCCUUUCAGCCUUUUUUAGUUCAAGGUCAGAGUCACUGACCAGCCUUGGCCCUAACCCCAGUGGCUGCGGUGCUCCGGUGUAAUAUGGAUUUAAAGUGUCUUUCUGAUGCAGCAAACAUUUUAUGUAAUGAUUACAUUUAUUCAAUUCAGUGAACUGAUGACCCUUUAACUGACAGGUACAGAAUCGUAGCUCCUAUGGCUCCCUGUCUGUGACGUUUUUGAUACAUCCCUCUCUUUAAAGGAGCUCCACCUCUUUAAAAUGCAGCUCCACACCACGCUGUCCACUCCCCUUUCCAAGUACUCGUGUUGGGAUAUUUCUAGGGAGGGGACAUCUGCAGAGUUAAUGCAGUGUGUGAGGAGCAGAGUCAAGCAGAGCCACUCCUGCUGCACUCCGGUCCUGCAGUACGUCUCCACAGCCUCCUCAGGACGAACCAUCCCGACCCCAAAACCCACCAAAUCACCACUCCGACACAGUAUCACCUGCUGCUCAACAGAUCCACUCACACCAGUAUUCUACUCACACCGAAAUCUCUUUUUGUUCUGAGGAUAUAUUUUUUUUGUGCGAGUGCCGAGGCUACACCGCAAAGCAGAAGUUUCAAAAGAUGAUAAAGACUUGUUGCUGUCGUAGAUGAGGCUGCAUGUAGUACCACUGAUGUACAUUUAUUCUCGGGAGUAAACGGUCAUCCUUUUUUAAAAAAAAUCUUUUUGGCUGAAACGGCAAACACAAUCUACAUUUUUAGCAGUUUCAUCUGAGGAAGGCUUGGAAGUGAACUUUGUGCAUGCACAGCAACGAGCACUUCUCUUACCCACCACGCAAUCAAGAUGUCCAACGUCUCUAGUAGCACCUUAUUAAGGACAUCUUGAUUAUAAACUAGCGUAAAGAAGAGAUUUUCAGUCCAGAAAUAGAGCUGAAUGCCUAAAAGAGGAAAAGUUUGUGUCUAAAAAGGAAAUUCUCACCUUUCAGCUUUGACCAAAAAAAUUAUUCAGAUUUAUCUGUUGUCUCUUUUUUUCUUUCCACAGCUUAUCAUAGGUCAAAUUUAAUUAAGUCAAGGUGAGGAAUAUCUUUUUUUAUAAUGUUUAAUGGACUAUUAGCAUGCCUGAGCCCUGAGCUUGAUGAAGGGUGUGUGCUUCAUGUGUUUUUUUUAACUCCUACUCUGACAGGAGUGAGCCUCCAUUCGAUUCCUCUCCUCUGUUCUCAUAUACCUCACCUUCUGCCUUAGUUUUGGUUUUGCUGAUGACUGUAAAUUAAGAAGAAACAAACUUCAGCUAUUCGUUUCUGAAAACAGACAAUGCUAAGUAAGGAUAUUAAAGUUUUUUCCUUUUAUUUUUGUACGUAUGUGCUGUGCACAGCAGUCUACUGUAUUCCUGAGAUACCAAUAAAAGUUUGUUUUGUUUUUUUUAA